AUGGAACAGCCAGACGGCGAUGUCCAGGAAAAAACCAUGGUCUUCCAAUUGGCGCCUCCGGAAGACCUUGCCUUGGAGCUCACUGCGUUCACCUCUGCGAAGCUUCCCAUGAUGCCCUUGGAGCCUGGGCGGAUGUGUGAUGCUGGCUACUGUCCACAGGAAGAUGUUGAAUCGCUGUGGCGUGAGAAGUCACGCUUAGAUGAGCUGUUUGAUGCCAAGCAGGAUCAGGCUUACUGGAAGGCACGUGAUGAAAUCUAUCCGCAGGCUGGUGAUCGAGGUGGACCUUUGGGCAAUCGUGCAGGUGACAAGUUGCAGGAGAUUGCAAAUGCUGUGGGCGGCCUUAAGGUCGAUCGAUUGGAGAACCAGGAGGAAGUGGUUUUCGUCGAUGUGUGCGGAGCACCAGGUGCUUGGUCCAAGUAUCUCUUCCGCAUGGGGCUAUGGUUUCAGCUUGAGUCGGGGCACCAACGAGAAGAGCUGCACCUGGUUCAAGCAGGAGACGGAGAGAAUUGGCUGACUUUCCCAUGGCGCCGACGUGUGCUCCUCGCCUCACUGGCUGCCCUGCUUCUCACGCUGUGGCGCCGGCUGCGAAAGAGACAGAGCCCGGACGUGGCUGGAGGUUCAGAAGUGCAGCAAGAUGUUGUGACAGAUUCCAGAAAAGCUUCGGCAAGACUGCGCUGGUGGCAGGAGUUGAAUCAGGUGAAACCUGAUUUGGUGCUGCCUGAUCACCUGCGGAACUCAGAAGGUCUGGAGGUGGCCGCCCAUCGCGCCGUAGAGGCCAUUGCCUUCGAACGCUUGAAACAUGGCCGCGAUUGGUUGGUCCGAGACUCGGACUACGGAGCCGGAGAGCGGCCACCGACCCAUGCAGCCAUCAAGGACAAGGUGAAUCCAGCCUUCGCACGUCUGACGCUGGAGAUCUGUGCCGGUGAUAUCAUGGGAUGCCUUGCAAACUCGAAGAAUAUUCUGCUGGUUUUAGACACCCCGAUGUAUGGAACCCUUCGGGAGCUGGUGAAAAUUGCGCCAGAGCUUCGCUUUUGCCAGCAGGUGGUGAUGCCCCAGGCAGAUUUGCACCACUACUUCGAGAUGGUCCGCAAUUCCGAGUUUUAUCCGGGUGUGCGCUCCCAACGCUUAGAUCACUGGCUUUGUGCCAACUCCUCCGUUGGUUUCCGUUGUCUCAGCGCCUUCUUCGACUACGAGUGCCGUUUGAUCGGGGCGCGCAGCGCGCGGCUCUGCCCCGCCGCCGACGUCAUGCGCUACUUCCGCUUCGGCUAUCCGGCCAAGCCUCGAGCCGUCUUCGCCCUCACCGUGGGCUUAGAGGACCCUGCGCCCACCUGUGACGCCGUGGACGCCUUCGUCCGGCACGAGGCCCAGUUGAACGGCUACCGUGCGGAAAUGAAAGAAGUCUGGAAGUAUCGCAUGGCCACCUUCCUCUACGUCAUUCACUCGGACUUGUUGAGCCGUCCGAACUUCACUGAGUUGACUGGGGCAGAUGGGACCGGAGACGUAUGUUCGUCCGAAAACAUCGAGCAUGCUGCAGCCAUUGUGGGGCGGACUGCGGACAUUGUUGUGGCUGAUGGUGGCUUUGGAGUGGACAGAGGCCCCAAAGGCGAACAUAUGGAGAACUAUCAGGAAAUCGUGGCUGGCAGCAUUUUGAGUGCAGAGGUGCGUUUUGCUCUCGAGACGUUGCGGGAAGGCGCUUGUUUCAUUUGCAAGUUCUUUGAUACCUUCACCCAUGUCAGUUGCGGCCUGCUGUUCAUUGUGGCACAGCUGUUCCAAGACGUUUUCAUCGUGAAACCUUUGCACAGCCGAGUGGUGAACUCCGAGCGAUAUUUGGUGGCUCAGCGCUUUAAGGGCAUCACUGCACCCUUCAGCGAACUCCUGGAAGCAGUCCGUCGCCUUCAAAGGUCAUGGCCCAGGCGCAUGAGUCGCAUCAGUCGCAUCAGUCCGGCAGAGAACACUGUGGAUCGCGGGUCGCAGUUGAGCAAGGACGACGAGGACGACGAGGACGACGAGGAGGAGGACGAGGAGGAGGAGGAGAGGAGGACGAGGCAGGAGGAGGCGGAGGAGGAGGAGAAGGAGGAGGAGGAGAAGGAGGAGCUUGAUCCAAUGCCUGAUAUGUCCCGAGUCGUGGCGGUAGGGAAGUGUUGCGCCAGUUGGUAUGCCAACAGCUGUUGGCGCUACAGCAAGGUUUGGUCUGACGAAGGCUGGGAAGUGGCCAUGGCCCGGCCUUUGGCGAAGUUGUCGCACCGCAGCUGCCCCUGGGGUGGACAUCUGAUCCGCUUCUCCGUGAAGCACCUCGUGAUCAACAAUGCGCCCGAAAAGACCGGGAAUGUCCUAGUCCGUCCAGAGGUGCGCGCAGCGUAUCAUGACCGAAUCCCUCUGACGGGUACCAGGAUGUGCCUCGAAAAGGUGGUUCAGCCAGGUGAAGCAGUUCUUCGAGGUCUGACCAGCACGAAAUUAAUGCGCUUAUGUGUGGUUCUCUUUGGCGAGAUGUCGGGUCGCAAGACGUGUUGCUUCCACGAUGCCCAAAGUCCGGUAUCGAUGCACCAAAAAAUCCGCAGGGACUAUCCCUGUGAAGGUGAUUCUGCCUUGGCCUUCUGGCAGGAAGACAGGGCACAUGAAGGCCUUUUCGCACUCCGCCCCAUGGAGAAGUCUCUGGCCAAGACCUUUGAUCUCUCGGCCGUCUUGCGCUUACCUGAGGAUAAAUUUGCAUCCUGGGCCACCUUUCAAUUCAGGACUCUCUUGACAGUUGCACACAAGACAGUCGAGUGGAUGUUCAAUCGUCCUGGCGUCGAAAGGCUGAGCGUUGGACCAAAAUUUUUAUGUGAUCCUUCAAAUUCAAAGCUUUGGCCGUGGAUUUCCCUUGAUCCCCAGCGGGGAAUCCGAUGCCAUCGUCACCAUUGA